UUACGUCCUCGUCGCCUUCUUCCGCCUUUUCCUGUGUGUCAGUGCUCCUCCGUCCACGGGUGACAAUGAUCUGUCUGUUUCUGUCUGUGUUCGCGUACGUCUUCCAGUCAGGUUGGACCGGUGUGAAUGAACGCACCUUCAUUGCCAUAAAACCUGAUGGCGUACAACGGAGGCUGGUGGGCCAAAUUGUGCAGCGUUUUGAGAAGAAAGGGUUCAAGCUGGUGGGAAUGAAGCUCAUACAGGCAACUGAGGGUCUUCUUAAGGAACAUUACACAGAACUGAGGAGCAAACCUUUUUUCAGCGGACUGAUAUCCUACAUGAGCUCAGGACCCGUUGUUGCCAUGGUGUGGCAGGGUUUGGACGUGGUUAAGAUGGCACGCAAGAUGUUGGGAGAGACCAACCCUGCAGACUCGCUGCCAGGAACCAUCCGGGGGGAUUACUGUGUGGAAGUGGGCAGGAAUGUGAUCCAUGGCAGCGACUCUGUGGAGAGCGCUCAGAGGGAAAUCUCCCUGUGGUUCCGUGAGAAUGAGCUUCAGUGCUGGGAAGACACUCACAGCCACUGGAUCUACAACUGAUGGUCCACAAUCUCUUGUGUCUGAACCGUCCUGUAGGUUAGUUUGUUUUUUGUCUCAUGACAAAAUGGGCAACAUCAUACUUUAGAAAAUAGCUUGUAGCCACACGAGGGUCACUGGCACCUUUCGUGUCGUUUCUUACGUUUAAACUACUUGAAGUACAUUUUAGAAAAAGAAUUAUACAAUUUGAACUACAUGACCAAUUACUUGACUUUACGGUGUCUCUCGCUACAGUUUUCAUUGUAGUUUUUGUAGAACACGAGCUCAUGUUUACAGUUCUUCAGCAAUAAGCUUUGUUUUCAUGCAAUAGCGGUCAACAUGAUUCACAACAAUUAACCAAAAUAAAGGUUAAUCUUUAAAGUACAGAACACUAUCUGCACAGAGGUAUUCAGGUGGAAUUACACAAAACAUCAAACUGAGUUGUUACCAGUUUGCUCCAUUUCCACUUGAAGCAAUAAAUCUUUCCUUUUAUCUACUUGAAAAUUAAGAAUGAAACAAAUUCAGCAAUACCAUAAUUGCCUUUUUGCACAUAAACAAGUUUAAUUUUCCUGCACCAUUUAAAUUCAAAUUCUGUGAUGUAAAAUCUUCCCAUCACCUGCCCCUUGAAGAGUCAAGGUUUUUACAUUUGACGUGUAAUAGAGUUUCCUGCUUUAAUUGUGCUGAAUGUUUGCUAAAAUGUAUUUUUAAGAGUGUCCUUUUUCCAUCAUCUGGUCAUAUUCAUACUUUUUUAUAAAACACAUACUGAUGUUGAAACGAUUGUAUUGUCAAAAACAAUAAAAUUUGAUCCUCCGUUUA